CUGUCAGACAGUGAGCUGAGGAGGCUGUCAGAGCAGCUUCAGCAAAGAGACGAAGCAGUGCAGGAACUCCACAGAGAGAGAGACCACCUGCUGGAGCUCAGUCAGCAGGCCAUUGAGGACCUGCAGAUUGAGGAGGAGAAGGUGAACCAACUGACCAAGGAGAAAACRCAACUGUUGAUGCAAGCAGAAGAUUUGGAGUUCCAGCUGGUGCGUCUGCGGCGUGGUGAUCUGGAGAAGGCCAGGAGGAAACUGGAGGAUAACAGCAGAUCAGCUCAGGAGAGUUCUGGAGAGAUGGGAAAGAUGACGAAUGGUCUUGAAGAACUCAUCAAAAGGAAGGACUUGGAGAUCAGCAAUACCACCACCAAGCUGGAGGCAGAGGAGGCGUUGAACAUUACACUGCAUCGAAGGAACAAGGAGUUACAG